CCAAAUAGAUAGUUCCCCAAAUAUAUCAAAAUUAUAAUUGAGUAACUCCUUUUUCUUAAUGGCUCAAACAAGUUUAAGAUGGAACAGAAAAGGCAUUCGUAUUUUGGGGUUGCUUAGUCUUUUACUACUGAUCCAAAAUGGCAAUGCCUAUGAGUUCAAGGUUGGAAAUUCUGGAGAUUGGAGUGUCCCUUUGGAUGCCAAUGCUAAUGAUUACAAUCAAUGGGCCGAGAGGAGUCGGUUUCAAGUUGGCGACACUCUGUUGUUUGUCUACCCGGCUGAUAAAGACUCGGUUCUUCUUGUAACCAAGGAAGACUAUGCCAAUUGCAGCACAGCAACUCCAAUUGAAAAAUAUAGUGAUGGACACAGUGUUUUCAAGUUUAAUCACUCUGGCCCUUUCUACUUCAUCAGUGGAGUUCAUGACAAUUGUGUCAAGAAUGAAAAGUUAUUCGUAGUGGUCAUGGCAGAUAGAAGCAACAACAAUCAAACAAUCACAUCUCCUUCUCCUUCGCCUUCAAUAUCAACAAUAGAGCUGGUUCCUCCAGCUCCAGCACCUUUCAGUGAAGAGGCGCCACCGCCUCCACCAACUAGCUCGGUAGAGAUGAACCCAACGCCUGCGCCUUCUCAAGAAUCUUCUCCUCCAAAUGGUGCUUCUUCAAUUGUCAUGAGCUUUGUUGGAACAAUUGGAGCCUUUAUUGGUUCAUCCAUUCUUCUAGGACUCUGAUGCGUUCAAUUUGGUCGAUUUGAUACUUACUUAAUUUUUUUAAUUUAUUUUUAUGUUUCGGUUGAUAUGCAUCUUUGAUUCUAUUAGUAUUUGAUUUUCAAUAUUUUUCUUAAUUUUCAUGAUUUUUCCACCUUGUUCCCAGCGGAUAUAGCUGGGAAAAGGGAUGUCAUCACUACUAGUUGGACCAAGAUGAUAUAUAUUGAUAAUGAUUUGUAAAAUUCAUCUAGUCACUUGACACACAUGUAAAACAUGUAUGCUAAAAGAAAGGAUGAAAUAAACUGCUAAUUUAUAUA